AUGUCUUUGAGGGAAUUGAGUAUUAAACACGAAAAGGUCGACGUAGAAAUCGGUACUUUAUUUAAAUUUAUAAAAUCAUUUGAUGGUACACGUGAAAAAUUAAACUCAUUUUUGUCAAAUUGCGAUAACGCAACCAGUUUAGCAUCGGAAACACAAAAACCUAUUUUGUUUAAAUAUAUAUUGUCACAAUUGAAUGGUAAAGCUGAAACAGCCUGUUCAAUUAAAGAAUUCGAUUCGUGGGACCAAUUAAACCAUUUCCUUAAAACACAAUUCGGGGAAACCAAACAUUAUACUCACUUAUUAGCUGAUUUGCAAGAGUGUCGUCAACUUAAUAUAGAACCUGUAAACCAAUUCGCCCUACGAGUUGAGACUUGCCUGUCGAAACUAUUAACCGAAGUAACUUUGUCCAACAAGAAGAAAACUGAGCUUCUCGGCCGCACAGCGGCAAUGGAAGACUUAGCACUCCACACUUUCCUACUUGGUCUUAAACCUGACAUUUCAAAUUUAGUCCGUGGCAAAAACCCAUCUACUCUUAAUGAAGCUAUUAAUUUAGCUACAUCCGAAGAAAAAAUUCUCAAUCUUUUCGCCAAACGCAAUUCUCACACAUCGGUUCCUCAGCGCCAAGGUUCAAAACCUAACUACUCUUUCAAGCCUUUUCCUAACACAAAUGCCAGGCCCCAGAUGCCAAAACAACCUGUUCGACAUGACCCAAUUCCAUUUUUGGGUCAACGGAGGUGUCUCGUGGGACCCAAAAACUUACCUUUAGCUAUAACCUUAAACCAUAACGACACCGUUUCUAUAUCCAAGGACAACACGGGUAACCAGCCCCAAGCAAGUGUCCACACUUCCAAAAUCAGGGACCACACGGGUAACCAGCCCCAAACAAGUGCCCAGACUUCUAUAUCCAAGGACCACACGGGUAACCAGCCCCAAGCAAGUGUCCACACUUCCAAAAUCAGGGACCACACGGGUAACCAGCCCCAAGCAAGUGUCCACACUUCCAAAAUCAGGGACCACACGGGUAACCAGCCCCAAACAAGUGCCCAGACUUCCAAAACCAGGGACCACACGGGUAAACAGCCCCAAGCAAGAGUCCACACAACUACACCCAAGGACCACACGGGUAAACAGCCCCAAGCAAGAGUCCACACAACUACACCCAAGGACCACACGGGUAAACAGCCCCAAGCAAGAGUCCACACAACUACACCCAAGGACCACACGGGUAAACAGUCCCAAGCAAGAGUCCAAUAUCAUUCAAAACCCACUUUUACUCAAUUCACAUCCUCCAACUUUGUUGCUCCGAAUUCUAUACUAAAUCCGCUAUCCGACCCAGAAUCAACUAACAGUACUUCAUAUCCAUGUUCUAAAGUAGAAUCAAUACUUAUCAAGUUUAUGAAACAAUCAACUAAUCAACUAAUUUACAAAAAAGACGAGGUGAUACAACUCAAGGGAAUAAAUUCCAAUAACGAAACCGUACCCACAUUAGGUCAUUUCAAACUUCAGUUAUUCGACAGUAUUAAUACGGAUCUAAGACAAGAGGACAAUUUCAGCCCUAUCACUCUAGAAGAUCUUGGUGAAUUACCUCUAAUCCCAACUGACUCUGAUAACCCUCCGUCGGUUGAUCUGCUUGACAAUGAAGACCCCCUUCCAAGUAUCCUAAGUCCUGAAGAAGUUCAAAAUCCGCCUUUACCAGCUCUUACAUCACCCCCUCUUACCAAUGAGAGUUAUUCCAAAUUCUUGAAAAUGAUUUCGAAUAAAUGCUUUAAUAGUACAGCCAAAAUCUCCGAAUGUAAUGAGAAUAUCCUUAAGACAAAUUACAAACAUAUAAUUAUACCAACUUCAAUAGAUUUGGACGAAUCAAAUCCAUACGUCGAACAAGUUUUAAGUGAAUUUCAAAACCCUUCUGAAAUCCUGUAUAAAGAAAGGACAUUAUAUACCUGCCUCUGUUUAGAACUCAAUACCAAACACAUUCACUUCCUAUUUACUAAAGUCUAUCAUUUUGAUAGCUGUACUUAUGAAGACAUUUUCAAAUGUAUUCUAUUCAUUAAAAAUCAUAUACUAAAUCUUUCAAGUAUGUCUCCCACAGAAGAAAACAUUCAAAUUGCUUUCACAGACUUCCGUAAUAGCUUUGAUAAACACACCUGGAUUAGAAUUUAUAAUAUGUUUUCUUACAUUUUUACAAGUACCAAUUUUGAAAUUAAGAUAUACCACGAUUGUCUUGUAUAUCCUUCGUUAUCCGAAACACGUAAAAUAUUACACGAUAAUCAUGACAUACCCAUAGCCGGUCAUCUCGGUACAGCACGCAUGCUAAAUAGAAUAAAAGAAAAAUAUUACUGGAAAAACAUGCGUUCUGAUAUAGAGAAUUACAUAAAGAAUUGUUCGCUCUGUCAGAGCAACAAAGCCUUUAGACAAACGAAUCGUGCACCCAUGCAAAUUACUACUACAUCUACAAAACCUUUUGAGCGCCUUAGUAUGGACCUGGAAUAUAUACUUACUAUGCAAGAUAAUCUUACUAAAUUCUCUUUUGCAUAUCCCAUUGCUAAUGCUACUUCUGAAGACACAUUCGAAUGCCUCGUCCACUUUAUUUCACUAUUUGGUAUUCCAAGAAUGAUUUUGACUGACCAAGGUACCAAUUUCACUGCAGAAUUAUUUAAGAAAACGUGUGAAUUCCUGAAAAUAAAACAAAUUUGGUCUUCUCCUUACCACCCUCAAACGCAAGGUGCCUUGGAAAGAAGCCAUUCAACUCUUAAAGAAUAUUUAAAAUCUUACGUCAACGAAAAUCAAUCAAAUUGGCAUAGAUUUGUUUUUACAGCAAUGCUAUCAUAUAAUACAUCGGUUCAUGCCUCUACAAACUUUACUCCCUAUGAACUCCUUUUUGGUCAUAAAGCUUAUAUACCAGACUCUAUCUACGACCUACCGACAAACAUAACAUAUCCCGAAUACAUUAAAUUCCUUCAACACAGAUUAAAAUUAUCUCGUGAAAAAGCUCACGAAAAUGCGAUAAAAUCUAAAGAAAGAUCGAAAGGGUAUUACGAUAAUCAUUCACGACCAGUAGAAUAUCAAGCAGGCGACUACGUUUAUCUUAAAAAUCAUGUUCGACUCCGAAAAGCUUUGUCUCCCGUAUGGAAAGGACCAUAUAAGGUUAUAAAGAUAAACGGGCGAAAUAGUCUUACAUUAUUAAUAAACAGACGUCAUGUCACCCAUCAUUAUGAUGAGGUUAAGUUAGCAUCUAGCAAUUUCCUUGCGGCAGGACAGUUCAUCGAAGAGAAAGAAAUCAGUCCUGGAUCCAGUCCAGAUCCUAUCGGUUCUUUAAACCUCGUUGAUAGUCAUUUAAGUGUCAUAGUUCCAAAAGAUGUUUCGUAUAUUAACCGUCAUUUACUUAAUCUCCAAUUUAACAUAAAUCAUUCUAAAUUAAUUUGUGAAGAGAGUCAAAUAUUUAAUCCUUCAGAAUGCAGAAAUCUAUUCCAACCCUUAAUCGCUCGUUACGAAGAUAUGAUCCGUUAUAGCGAAGCCAUACCAGACCUUAGCUCACAUCAUAUUAUUAAGAGAAGUCCUUUACUAGGAAUAGUAGGUACCAUUUCUAAGAAAUUAUUUAGCACAAUGGACGAAGAAGACGCCAUACGAUAUAAUAACGCAGUCAAGGAAAUUCAAUUAGACCAAAAGAAAAUAGCGUCAUAUAUAAAAGAUAAUAUAAUAGUACGAAAUCGGCCUUAG